AAAGCAUGCUCCACUAAUUUGUCUAUCUCCAAGCAUCCAUCAUAGGUAGAAAAGAGUUAGUAGAAAAGGGCCUCGCUCCCCUUAUGCAAAGAAUAACCCUAGUCGGCACACAGCACAAAGGAACAAGACAACUUUUCAACUAAUGAAUGUCUUUAUCAAAUUUUACUUCCGUUACCAUUAAUCAACGGGGGAGCAAAAUAAUCGUAGAUAAAAAAUCCGUUUAAGGGCGGUAAUACUCUACCGGCUCCGUUGACUACCCUCCGAUCCGAUCCUUGGCUCGGACUUCCGCCAUGGAGAGCACCGUGGAGGCGCUCAGCGCCGCCUACCAGGAGUUCGUCGCCGCGGCGGCCGGCGUCCUGGAGGCCAAGGAGCAGUCCGGCGGCCAGAAGACCGCUGCCACCGAGGCCGCCCUCGAGGUCUUCAAGCAGCGAUGGGAGCUCUUCCGCGUCUCCUGCGACCAGGCCGAGGAGUUCGUCGAGUCCAUGAAGCAGCGGAUCGGCUCCGAAUGCCUCGUCGACGAGGCCACCGGCGCCGCCCCCGCCCCCGCCCCCGCCCCCGCCCGACCCCCCGCCGCCUCCGGGAUCCCGCCCAUCAGCGCCGUCCGCCUCGAGCAGAUGAGCAAGGCCGUCCGCUGGCUCGUUAUCGAGCUCCAGCACGGCGCCGGGACCGCUCCCCAUCCCCACACCUCCGCCCCCUUCGAUGCCCGCUUUUCAGAAGAUGGAGCUCAAUAGAAUAUCGGUUGGAAGAUUCUUUCCAAUUCCCUGCGGCUGUCACUCCAAGAUUUUGUGUAGCAAUUCAAAGUGCCAAAAUUAAUGAAGUCAUCUGUGGGUUCUGCCAAUUACUGCAGCUUCUCUGCAGAAAUCCAUGCAAGAGAUGGCCCUAUCCAGCUGAGAAUGGAAUGGAGGAAUUCAUCUGUGGGCCUGCUGUGUUGGCCUAUUCCCUCCCUCAGAAAAUGGCGGGUUUCGAAUGUCUCAAUGUCUGAAGCUUUUAAGAGUUUUCCUUUUAAUGUGGUGGUUGGUCCUCAAAGACACCAUGGCUGAACUCCUGCGGGAUAAGGAUAUUGGCUUUCGGAGCAGCAGAGUAGCAUUUUAGUAUUGGGUAGCACAUGUAAUUCUUUUUAGCACACUAUUCUAGUUAACUCUGAUUCUAGUGCCAAUUGCCGUCAUCUUCAAUGCUGAUCUUCUUCUUUUCA